CCGCACGCCCGCACCCUAUCCACACAGCACAGCUCAGCCGCCUCCAUCCCAUCCUCUCCCCUCCUGUGCCCGCCUCCGCCGCUCCAAGCCGCCGCCGCCGCCAGUUCCGCACCCCCGCCGGGACUCCGCGCCCCCGGCCUCACGCCCGCGAUGGGCCUCCACUCUGCCGAUCCCGCGCCCUCGCCGGGCUUCCACGCCAACGACGGGCCUCCGCGAAGCCCAUCGAUCCCGCGCCGCCGGUCCCGCGCCCCCGCCGGGCUUCCACGCCAACGAUGGGCCUCCGCGCCGCCCAUCCCGCGCCGCCGGUUCCGCGCUCCCGCCUGGCCUCCGCGCCGCUGGCCCCGCGCCUCAACCAGGUCUCCAUGCCGCCAGCCCCGCGUCGGCCCGGAGUGGGCGAGCAGCGGCCAUAGGGCACACGGAGGAGCCAAGCAGCACGACGCGAGCUAAGGGACAGGGAAGGAGUUACUCCACUCCUCAAACUUCAUUUUAACGUCGAGUCUACUCUACUACACCUGAAGGAGAUCAUCGAUCUCGACAUCUGGUAGAGUCCACCCGGUACUCUACCAGGGGUGCGACCAACUGGGCUACUACCCGGUUCUCAAGUAUUCCACAAAAUGGAGAUUAGAACAGUACUUUUGAUUCGGGAAUACCAUGCUUCACUUAGCCUAAGCAAGAGCAGAUGAUGAACACCUGCUCCGAAUAAUUCAGAUGUCAUGCCCACAAGUCACAAAUACAGAAAAGUUGUUCUUAAAUACAUAACUUGCUCUUUUGUUAUUGUGCAGCUAGGUUAGCACACUGUGCUCAGUGUGCUGCAUAACUUGUUCCUUUGUUUCUAGAGUCUAGACCUGAAUUUGCCAGAGCACAAAAGUUCGACCUACCGAACCCCUUUCUUGUGUCUAAGAUGCAGUUUGCCUGUCAUGACCUCUGCUAUGUUCUACAGUUGUCAAUCGAUGCUAGUUACUCUUCCUUAAUUUUUAGUAGUACAAAUCAGGAUGGAGUAACUUGUAGGCUAAAUAUACAUCAUGAAUUUCUUUGGCAGACAUUGAAACUAUGCUAUACUUGCUCGUAUCUGUACAAGAAGCAUAACGUACUGCUGCCCAUAUCUUGCUGUCAGUUACUCCAAGUGAUCGUCUAAACAAAAUGAAUAAAAAAUUGCCGGGCAUCGUACGAACAUCGAGCAUGAGGACCUGCCACGGAGCACUGUUCCUCGCAGUUGCCAUGGUGCUACUGUCAACGGGGAUCUGCACGGCGUGGGCGCCGGCGCCGGCGCCGGGCCUGGGCCCGGACGAGUUCCAGCUGGAGUACUCGCCGGCGCCGGGCCCGGGCCUGGACGAGCUCCCGCCGGAGUACUCAUGCAUGAAGACCCUCUACUCCGGCGGCUGCGACGUCAAGACGUGCCACGGCAAAUGCUUGAGCCAGCUAAAGGGCGACGGGCAGUGCCUUGGCAAGGCUUGCAGAUGCUCGUACUUGUGCAAGCCGCCUCCUCUUGACAUCUGAUACGCCACACGCAGACCGGCGCCUGGGCGGAUGACAUCUAUAGUAUCCUAUAUUAGAAGCUAUGAAAUGGACCAUCUAGUACUAUGUGGUGGCCGCGGCUGUUGUUGAUUGCGCUGAAUGAACAAUAAUCAAUCGCAGAUAAACGGGCUCGAUUGCUAAAGUUACUGCUUACAGCUUCUUGAA